AUGGCCAUGGCUAUGCAUAGAAUUUCUAGUGUUGUUUUCUUUGUAUUGUUGGGUUUAGCCAUUUCUACUUCUGCGUCAAGAGUUCUCUUCACUACUGAAGAGUCUCUUGACGGUGCUCUAACAGCUAGCUAUGGUGUAACUGAGCAUGGCGUAGGCCACGGUUAUGUUACUGCCACUGUUGGUGCUGGCGCUGGCUAUGGAAGUGGGGCUGGUCGAGGAGAAGGAGGCGGUGAGGGUUACGGAGCUGCUGGAGGACAUGGAGGCGGUGGCGGUGGCGGCAGUGGAGGCGGCGCUGGCGGUGGUGCUGGUGGCGCCGGGUAUGGAAGUGGGGGUGGAGAAGGAAGUGGUGCAGGGUAUGGCGGCAGCGGAGAAUAUGGAGCUGGACAUGGCGGCGGUGGAGGGGGAGGAAGUGGUGGUGGCGGCGGCGGCAGUGGUGCCGGAGGAAACCACGGUGGUAGUUAUGGGGGUGGUGAAGGAGGUGGUUCUGGUGGCGGAUAUGGAGCGGGAGGAGCCGCCGGCCACGGAGGAGGGGGCGGCGGGGGGGGGGGGGGGGGGGGGGGGGUGGUGGAGGAGGAGGUGGAGCCGGUGCUGGAGGAGGUGGUUAUGGUGGUGGUGAGGGUUCUGGUUCCGGUGGUGGGUAUGGAGCUGGAGGAGCUGCUGGCCAUGGAGGAGGUGGUGGUGGUGGAAGCGGCGGUGGCGGCGGAGGGGGAGCAGGCUCGGGUGCUGGAGGUGCGCAUGGAGGUGGUUAUGGCGGUGGUGAAGGAGCUGGCUCGGGCUAUGGUGGCGGAACUGGCGGCCACGGCGGGGGCGGGGGCGGUUCAGGUGGUGGUGGUGGCGGGGGUUAUGCGCCUUGAAGUGUGGCAGUUGCUCCCUUGUUUGAUGAUCAACGUCUCUACAAGGGCAACCUCUUCUUACCUAAAUUAUCUCCCAAAAUAA